AGCCAUUUUGGCUCAAGCCGCGCUCGAGCCCGCAAGCGCUAGAAACCGCAGCCCGCUCAGCCCCCCGCCAUCCACUCGCGCGUCCGGCAGCCGCGGCGGAAGCGAUGAUCUACAUCUUCCAAGGCUGCCAGAGCAUCUUCAGCCUGCCCGGGCUCUGCUGCAAGGGGUGCGCGGAGCUCUGCCGGCAGAUCAAUUGCAAGCCGCUGCAGGAGUGCUGCCAGGGCUGCGGCGCCUUCGUGGUUCACUUCUUCGAGAGGCCUCUGAGCACCUUCGUGAUCUUCGCCUUCGUCGCCUCCCCCGCGCUGCUGUACAGCACCUACCUGGCCCUCGACGAGGACAAGGCCGAGGCCUGCGACUUUAGCGGCCCCGUGGACGGCACGACGUACGCUGGUAUCCAGGGCCUGUUUGCGCUGAUCUUCCUGGUCUUCGGGGUGUACGCGCAGCGCGCGGUCUGGCGACAGAUGAUGGAAGACCUGAAGGAAUCGCCCGACACGAAGGUGGACGACGUCCCGUCGAAGAACCCGGACGAUGAGCAGAUGGUGAGGAUCAAGAAAGAGGUGGUGUUUGCGGCGUUCAAAAAAGUCUUCCUCGAGGACUUCUUCGUGCUGCUCAUCUUCGUCAUGCUCGUUGGCAACACCGUUCUCUCGGGCCUGGUCCAGACGACGGCGGAAUGCACCUUCCCCCCGGAGCCGUACGCGACGAGCCUGCCGAAGGUGAUGCUGGGCUGCUGCACGCUCUACACGCUGCUCUACUUCUGCUGCACCUGCUGCGCUGACAAGGUGACCAUCGAGAAGAAGGAGCUGGACGCGCUGACCGGCCAGACGGCGCUAUCCCAAAAUGACAGCCUGGAGUGAAGGGCCCGCGGGAGCGACGCUCAUUGGCGCGAGCGCAUUGCCGCUGGACCAGAGCGUCCACGCGGGUGUUUCAAGCGCAAGAGACUCUUCCCGCCCCCCUCGCCUUUGCUGCACUCCUCGCCAUCUGGGAGUCUCUCUCUCCCCGCCCCCUCCGGUGUGCCUCCUCGCUGUUCUUCCACUUCUCCGCUUUCGCCCUCCUGCUGGCCGCGCACUCUGCGACAUAGUCAGCAGCAACAAAGAGCGCGGCCAACGUUGCCAGGGGGCCUGCGGUGCCUGGCCUGCAUACCGGGGGCUCCCGGUUGGCUGCAGGGGAUUCGUUGUAUAGUCGGAUAGAACGCAGAGGAGGCCCCUUUGGAGACCCCCCCCGCAGCGGCCGCACGCGGCCGGCAGCGCAGCGUGCACCGUAAUGGCGGCUGCGCCGCCCUGGCGGGACCGGCGCGAGGCCGUCGGCCCGCCGUGCUGUCUUCGGCACCCUGGCCGCGCGGGGCAGCAGGCGACGGGCAAGAAAAAAAGAAAAGAAG